CUACAUGAAGAGCGAGAGGGAGCACCAACUGCUAGAGAGAAGGAGAAGAAGAGGAGGGAAUGGCGAGCGAAGAAGAGAGUGCUGUGAAGGAGCCGUUGGAUCUGAUAAGACUGAGUCUCGACGAACGCAUUUACGUCAAGCUACGCUCCGACCGUGAGCUUCGUGGGAAACUCCAUGCUUAUGAUCAGCAUUUAAAUAUGAUUCUUGGGGAUGUUGAAGAAAUUGUCACUACAGUUGAAAUCGACGAUGAAACUUAUGAAGAGAUUGUCCGGACAACAAAGCGAACAGUUCCAUUUCUCUUUGUCAGAGGAGAUGGAGUUAUAUUGGUUUCUCCCCCCUUGAGGACAGCUUAACAGUUGUGUCUACUCUUUUUUAGCAAUUGUGGACAUAAAACCUAAUGCACUUGAUGAAGCUUAAUGCAUUGAGUUUACUCUUUUUUAGUUUUUUGCACUGCCGCAUUGUUAGUUUAAUGAUGUGGAGACGACUGGCAUCUGGAACUUGAUGAAGAUUAUUUUUUGAUCUUCAAUUGUCUGCAUUUAUGAGUUAUGAUUUAUUAGGCUCUUGUAAGUCUUGCACCAGUAUAUCUGCUAUCAUUUUGGGUAAAAUGAUUUGAGGCCGACUGACUGCUUCUGUAGGGUUAUUGGUGUGUUUUUUGGGCUUUAUAAGCUCUUCAAAUGCUGACCGAACAGGGGCAUAGUUAUUGGAGGCAAGUAAGCAGAGGAGAAUCAAGCAAUGGAUGUCCAAGUACUAUAUACAUGCAAUUGAGAUUGUUUUCUUUGGCCCGAAUGGACCUAUAGCCUAAAGGAUGCUGUCCAUUUAGAUGGUACAGGGAUCAUAAUUUGUUGACAGGUCUGGAAAUGCAAUGUUUCCUCACCAAAAAUGAAGGCCGCGCGCGUGAUUAGCGGUUUACGAAAGAUGUAAAUAUGCUUAUCAAAAACAUGACAUUUAAAGGUUAAAUACAUUUCUCCUAUUAGGCUUUUGGAUUGCCGAGUCUUUGUAUUGCGGCAUGGCAAACAGAAUGUAGUGUUGUAUUCCAUUAAUUUUUAUUCUUGUGCAUCGGGUUCCA